AGAAGCAUCAAACAAAAAUGGAGGGCAAAGAAGAGGACGUCAAGCUCGGAGCCAACAAGUACUCAGAGAGACAACCCAUCGGCACAUCGGCGCAGACGGACAAGGACUACAAAGAACCCCCACCGGCGCCACUCUUCGAGCCCGGCGAGCUGUCCUCAUGGUCCUUCUACAGAGCCGGAAUCGCCGAGUUCGUAGCCACUUUCUUGUUCCUCUACAUCACCAUUUUGACGGUGAUGGGAGUCAGCCGAGCUCCAACCAAGUGCUCCACCGUCGGCAUUCAGGGCAUCGCUUGGGCCUUCGGCGGCAUGAUCUUUGCUCUUGUUUACUGCACCGCUGGCAUCUCCGGUGGACACAUUAAUCCGGCGGUGACGUUCGGGCUUUUCUUGGCGAGGAAGCUGUCGCUCACCAGAGCCAUAUUCUACAUCAUCAUGCAGUGUCUAGGUGCCAUCUGCGGUGCCGGCGUCGUGAAGGGCUUCGAGAAGUCCAUCUACGUGCAGAAGCUCGGCGGUGCCAACUUCGUGGCCUCUGGCUACACCAAGGGCAGUGGCCUUGGCGCUGAGAUCAUUGGCACCUUCGUUCUCGUCUACACUGUCUUCUCCGCCACCGAUGCCAAGAGAAAUGCCAGAGACUCUCACGUCCCUAUUUUGGCUCCUCUUCCCAUUGGGUUUGCUGUGUUUUUGGUUCAUUUGGCGACCAUUCCCAUCACCGGCACCGGCAUCAACCCAGCCCGGAGUCUGGGAGCUGCCAUCAUCUACAACAGGCAGCACGCUUGGGAUGACCAUUGGAUCUUCUGGGUGGGACCUUUCAUCGGAGCUGCUCUUGCUGCUAUUUACCACCAGAUCAUAAUCAGAGCCAUUCCAUUCAAGGCCAGAGCUUGAAGACUCUACUACUUCCACUGAAACAGAUAGGUCUAGUGGAAAUCGAAAUGUGUUCCUUUUCUAUUCGCUCUUUGUUUGCUUAUUUGGUCCUUCAGGACGACGACUGUCAUGGAUUUGUGUGUAAAUUAAGUUUUCUAUUAUGUGUUGUAAUGGAGAAUUGUUCCCUUUUGCAUCAA